UCACGUGUGAUUUGUCCACAGACACGCAGCGGGUUAGAGUUCACUGCAUACUGAUGAUGUCAUCGUCUGAAGAUGGCUGAAGGAGAAGGCUGGUGGGGAGGCUGGCUUCAGCAGAGCUUCCAGGCCGUCAAAGACAAGUCCUCUGAGGCCUUAGAAUUCCUAAAGAGAGACCUGACAGAGUUUUCCACUGUGGUGCAGCAUGACACAGCCUGCUCAAUUGUGGCAACAGCCACUGCUGUCAAAAACAAACUUGCUGUGGAAGGGUCAUCCGAAACAACGGAGAAGGUGAAGAAGAGCCUGUCUAGUUUUUUAGGGGUGAUAACAGAUACACUUGCUCCACCUCCUGAUAAAACUAUUGACUGUGAUGUCAUCACAUUGGUGGCAACGCCAGCCGGUACCACAGAGGUUUACGACAGUUCCAAGGCACGUCUCUACAGUUUGCAAGCUGAUCCUGCAACGUACUGCAAUGAGCCUGAUGGUCCCCCAGAGCAGUUUGACAGCUGGCUGUCCAGCUUCAGUCUGGAAGAUAAGAAAGGAGAAAUCUCAGAGCUUUUGGUCAACAGUCCCUCCAUACGAGCCCUUUACACCAAAAUGGUUCCAGCAGCUGUAGCCCAUUCAGAGUUCUGGCAGAGAUAUUUCUACAAAGUCUUCCAGCUGGAGCAGGAUAGGGUCAUAAUACAGGAGGAGGCGAGGAGAGUGGCACUGAAGCAGAGGGCAGAGCAGAGUCCCCACACAGAGACCCUGGGCUGGGAGGAAGAGGAGGAAGAUGAUUUCCUCGGCACCACGUCAUCAUCUCAACUCAGCUUCACGCCACAGUUGGACAGUAGCUCAACCCACCUGUCCAGCACCACGACGGAUCCCACAGCGGCGACUCUGCUGAGCCCUGCACUGUCUCCAAGUGAGGCCACCCUCUCAGUUAGCAGCGACAGCGUCAGCCUGCCAACGCAGGUGGAUGCACGACCAGAGCCUGUUGCCACAGAGCUGUCUAAGAAACUGACGGAAGCUAGUUUGGAGGAUGUUGUGAACAAGCCACAAGAAGAGCUGAGACCUGGAAAGAAUGACUUACCCCCUGAGGCUCGAGUGGAAGCUGGAACCCAGUCAGAGGCCACUGUUGAUGGGACGUCAGUGAGAGCCCCCACCUCUAAACCUGAGAAUACAAAGGAAGAAGGACCACAGGAUCUGAGAGUGUUUGAGCUGAACUCUGACAGUGGGAAGUCUACGCCCUCUAACAAUGGCAAGAAAGGGUCCAGCACCGAUGUGAGCGAGGACUGGGAGAAAGACUUUGACCUGGACAUGACUGAAGAAGAGGUCCAACUGGCACUCUCUAAAAUAGAAGCUUCAGGAGAGAUGGAUGAAGACUGGGAGAACUGGGACUGAGAGCUGCGGCAAAACAAACUGUCCCACCAUUAAAGCUAGUUCUCGGCAGAUGAACCAUGCUUAAUGUGUUUUAACUCUUUGUCCACACUGUCACCAUGUCAUGAUUGUCAGUAGAGGAUUUUCUGGCGGGUUUGGACCAUAUUGGUAAACCUGUUGAAACAAGCAACGGGAAGACCAAGGAAAUAAGAAUUAGACUGCUCCGUAAGCUGUCAGCAAAGUGCAGAUAGGCCGCUAGCGAGGUUAUUGGCUCAGGUCUUGGCUAUUUCUUGGAGUAACUUCUCACUUAGAGCGCGUAUGACACUAGUAUUGGACAGGCUGUAAUCAUUCUGACAUGAAAGUUUAAGGACACGCAGUGACAAGUCAGAAUGUGAAGGUUUCACCGCAGCAGCAGCAGUGGAGGAGCUGUAUUUCCUAUUUUCUUCAUGCCAUUAAAUACAUCAUGUAUGUUGCGAGUGUAUUUCAAGUUGAUGACUUAAAUGCAGGCUGCAAAAUAGCCAUAAACUGUAACGCUGCUUGUCACCUUUCUGAGAUGAAAUACUUCAGAAAUGAUUUUUGAAUGAUGAUGAUCGACUUUACCUGUGCCCUCCUCCUUUCUCUCUUGCUUUCUCUCUCAUCUUUAUUAUGCAAGUGAAUCUUCAAAAUGGGAAAAGAAAUAUUUUGGCCUUCUUUCACAGAGCACUUUUCAUUUUGGAUUCACUCCCAACUUUAGAUAUAUGGCCUUGUAAAACACACAGUAGUGUGCUAAUGUUAUCCAAAUGUUUUUGUUACAUCAUCUGAAACACAACCAGCUGUCGUGUCGCUAUUCUCCUUCCCCUCGCUUUGUCAUAUCAUAUGAUUGAUUUGAAAAUAUGAGCUUGUUGCAGAUUACAUGUCACUUUGAAAUGUGUCAUUUCUAUAAGUUGUUCACCUGUUUGUCUUUUUUGGAUCGAGGGAAUUUGUUAGUUAUUUGUCAUUAGGAGAAAAGUCACAUUUGACUUAAUAAAGAGAAUCCAAACCAGUUCCCAUGUCAUCAUACCGGUUUCUUUAGCCUGAAUUUGAGGGUAGCAUCUCUUGUUAUUUACCUGUAUAGGAGAAAAUGACAAUUCUGCAACGUGUUCAGUUUCCCUGUCAGCCCAUGUUCAGAACAAAAUAGCUCAGCAGGCAGAGUGCCGAGUAGACCAAGGAGCUAUGUGAGCAAACUCCAUGCUUUUCUGAUUUCCUUUUCUAUCAUCUGUAAUGUAACAGAAAAAGUCUAGAGGUGUAAUAUUUAUACUAAAGUAAAUGCUUAAUUAUUGUAUUAUGUGCUUUGGAUUGCAUGUCUGUGCAAUAACAUUAUGCAAAACAUUGUGCAGAUGGUUCCUGUUAAGUUGUAUGUUUUUGUUAUGUUUUGGUAAAGGCAUUGGCUGUUUUUCAGGUUUUUGUGUUCUGACGAGGUGUUGCAUGUCGAUAAUUCUCAGCUGUGUAUUCCCUUCUGAUUCACACGUUGAACUAAUCAAACACAUCUGUUUUCAGAGCUGUCAAGUUCUCUUUUUUGUUUAAAGUACUUCGCGAUAUUUUUCAAAUGAUCAUUGUUAUUAAAGGGUUCAUGGCUA